AUGGGUUCUGUUGCGCCUUCUCCCGCAGAGCUCGACGCCUCCGUCGUCAAGGUCACCCGCUCGACCAACCUUCGCGAUGUGCCUCUUCCUGGCUCUCCCGAGGAAUUGAGCCACUCCCACUGCACCGACCACAUGGUCACUGCUCGUUGGACCGUCGCCAAUGGCUGGGAGACUCCUGAAGUUCGGCCAUUCGAGAACCUGAGCAUCCCUCCCACAGCCUCGUGUCUGCACUAUGCCACCGAAUGUUUCGAGGGUAUGAAGGUGUACCGGGGAUUCGAUGGCAAGCUGCGUCUGUUCCGGCCCGAUUGCAAUGGCGAGCGUCUGAUGAACAGCGCCAAGCGCACCUCUCUGCCCUCGUUCCGGUAUGAGGAGAUCAAGCGUCUCAUUGCCAAGUUGAUGCAGAUCGAUGGACCUCGUUGGCUACCCAAGGAUCAACCCGGUCGAUUCCUCUACCUCCGUCCCGCGUUGAUUGGCAGCGGCCCACACCUCGGCGUCCAGACACCCAAGGAAGCCCUUCUUUUCAUCAUCGCCGUGCCGUGGCCCGACCCUUCGAAGAAGCAGGUCGAGCAGCCUGGUGUUCCUCAUGGAUUGAAGCUUUACGCUUCUCAGCCUGAUAGCAUUCGUGCUUGGCCCGGUGGUUUCGGAUACGCCAAGCUCGGCGCCAACUAUGGUCCGUCGUUGCUGGCGCAUGGCAAGGCGCAGGAGCUUGGGUUCGAUCAGGUGCUGUGGCUGUUUGGUGAGGAUCGUCAGGUUACGGAGGCGGGUGCUAGUAACUUCUUCAUCGUGUGGGAGAACAAGGAGACGAAGAAGCUGGAGCUGGUGACUCCUUCGUUGGAGAGUCAGCUCAUUCUUCCGGGUGUUACUCGUCGUAGUGUGCUGGAGUUGGCUAAGGAGCGUCUGACUCAGUCUGUGGGCAAGCUGGCUCCUGUUGAUGUUGUUGAGAAGCACUUCACUAUCGGUGAUGUUGAGGAGGCUUGGAAGGAGGGCAGGAUCGUGGAGUCGUUUGUCUGUGGUACUGCUUUCUUCGUCACUCCUGUCAAGCUCAUCCGCAGCGGAGACGUAGAUAUGAACAUGCAGGAGGCUGGUGCUGAACGUGCCGGAUAUGCUGCUCAGAUCAAGUCCUGGCUCGAGGCCAUCAUGUUCGGCAUGAAGGGCGAGGCGACCCAUGAGUGGGGAUACGUCAUUGAUGGUGAAGUUGAACAAUAA